GCAAGGGGCGGAGCCUGCAGGCUGCAGCCCUCCAAAUCUUUGUGACUCUCGGUAGGGUGUUGCCUAGGAGACGCGUGAGGGGGCGGGGCCUGAAGGCGGCCGCCCUGAGGUCGGUCCUUCCGGCUGUCUGAGACGCGCUGCCAGGCGCGUUUCCGUGGAGACGGGCCGGUAUGCUGUGCUGCAGCCUUCCCGGCUUCUCCGAGAGGUCUGAUGAUUGCGCGAGUGCUACGACGCUACGUCCGGGUGCAGAGCAGGCCGCGGCUUCCCUCUAGGCCCAGAACUGCCCUUUGUUGCGCGAGGAGAAGCCGUUGCUACCGAGAUCCAGGAUCAUGACGGACCCUCUCGGAGACCAUCGCCCGCGGCUCUGCCCUGCGGUCGCUUCCUGAAAGACUCCCGCGGCCCUGCGGCUGAGAGUGUUCAGUGGACACAGCUUGGCAGAAAGAUGGACAUGUAACCCAGCACCGGCUGUUGGCCUGUCUGUCACCUUGAUGACUUCUCCUUUGGGUGCCUUCGCAGUCCAGUUCCCUCAGCCUUCAAUCAGUGGCCUCUCACAGAUCACCAAGAGCCUGUUCAUCAGCAAUGGUGUGGCUGCCAACAACAAGCUCCUGCUGUCCAGCAAUCAGAUCACCACGGUCAUCAACGUCUCAGUAGAGGUAGCCAACACCUUCUACGAGGAUAUCCAGUACGUGCAGGUGCCUGUGAUCGAUGCGCCCAUUGCGCGUCUCUGCGAUUUCUUCGACCCCAUCGCUGACCAUAUCCAUUCCGUGGAGAUGAAGCAGGGCCGCACCCUGCUGCACUGUGCUGCUGGUGUGAGCCGCUCCGCUGCCCUGUGCCUCGCCUACCUCAUGAAAUACCACGCCAUGACCCUUCUAGAUGCCCACACGUGGACCAAAUCAUGCCGGCCCAUCAUUCGACCCAACAGUGGCUUUUGGGAGCAGCUCAUCCGUUAUGAGUUCCAGCUGUUCGGCAAGAAUACAAUGCACAUGAUUAACUCCCCGAUGGGACUGAUCCCAGACAUCUACGAGAAGGAGAUCCGUUUUAUGAUUCCACUGUAAGCCAACCCAACCAGCUCCUAUAUCAGGGUCAGCAGUACAGAUCUGUCAUUAAUAGUAUACCAAGGUCUAAACUUGAACACUCUACUUGUGUUGCUGCAGGAGCACACCAGAUGGUGCUUUUCAUAAGGGCAAGAAUAGAGCAUUGCCAUAACUUUUCACCUCCUAAUCCACAGGUUUGGGGGGUACAUGCCUUAGAUGGCUGAAGCAGAAAUAUUGCAAGGUGAGUUUGAGGCCAGCCAGGGCAACAUAGUGAGACCCUGUCUCAAAAAACAAACAAACAACUCAACAAUUACUGCCCUGUAGUAUGUGUCUUUAGAUAUUAAAUUCUUUGGUUAGAGCAUGGUGAGGGUAACUCUUCUGUGAGUGGUAGGUCACAGCUACUGUCUGGAGGAUGGGGGAGGCAAGUGGUGGCCAUGCCAAAGAGACCAGUGCACAGUGCAUAUGGCAGCCUUGGGAUCCUGCAGCUCUCCCCUAGAUGACCAACCUAGAGAUGACUCUGCCAAAAUCCCACCUCGUUCAUUCCUUAAGCAUCCUGGUGCUCUCCAGAGUCUCACAGUAAGUGCCAACCUAAUAGACAUGGGGCCUCCCCUCCACCUUCACCACAGUGGCCCAACUCUGGUCUUCCAGGCCAGACUUGCACAGGGCGUGGAUCACAGCGCUGCUCCGAUCAGCAGCACUCAUCCGGAAGGCCGUCCUGUCUACACACAGCCCUUUGUUUAUGUGUCUCAGAAGCCUCUGUGAGAGAGAAGAAAUAGCUUAAUCUUUGCUAAGCCUCAUCUGAGAAGUUUGCCAGAGCUCCCACUGUGCAGCCUACGAUGCACGCCCAGCUUUCUCCAAAAGGCCUUAUGCAGAAUUGCAGACCGUGAGAUCCAGUGUCCCAGGCUGCCUGACUGUUCAGGAGUUAUGGGGACAGAGGUCAGGACAAGGGAGUUGACUCCAGGAGGCCCUGAAAUUCAGGGUUGCUCAGAAUUCCUUAGUGUCAGGACCCAACUCAAGAAGGUUGUGUUUGGUUUAAGAGGUGAUCCCAGCGGGGCAGUGGUGGUGCAAGCCUUUAAUCCUAGCACUCAGGAAAGCAAGUGGAUCUCUGUGAGUUUGAGGCCAGCCUGGUUUACAAGAACUAGUUCCAGGACAGCUAGGACUGUUACACAGAGAAACCCUGUCUCAAAAAAAAAAAAAAUCUAAAUAAUAAUAAUUAAAAAAAAAAAAAGGAGUUCCAUGUAGCCCAGGCCAUGUAGCCUUGAGCUCCUUAUCUCUUGCUUGUACUUAAGGAAUGCUGGGGCCAUUGGUGUGUGCCACCAUGCCCUGCAAAGACCAGUGCUCCACUUAACUUUUGUGGUAUAACACCAAAAGCAGCUUCGGGGAGGAAAGGGUUUCUUUGACUUACAGGUCCACACAGUCCAUCAUGAAGAGACGUCAGGACAGGAACUCAAGGCAGGAACUGAAGCAGAAGCAAGGAGGAAUGCUGUUUAUUGGCUUGCUCCUUCCCCAUGGCUUGCUCAGCCCAGUUUGUUAUACAGUGCAGGACCACCUGCCCGGGCUGGCACAGCCGAGAGCAGGCUACACCCUCUCCCGAAUUAUUCUUGCAUUAUUAGUCCAGAAGCCCCACAGACAUGCUCACCUAGUGGAGGGACCCUUUCCUAGGUGACUCUAGUUUAUGUCACGUUGGCAAACACUGACCAGUUGGUCUGAUCUAGAGCUUUCAGAUCAUUUAUGAGCAGACAACAGCACGGCUGCCCUGUUGGGUGGCUUGAUGCGGUGCUGUGCAUCUCGAGUGCUGUAGAAACUGCAGGCCUUCCCCCUGUAUGAGUCUCGGGAGGCGCAGAACCGGCAGGGUGAAAAGAAAAGAAUUUAACUUAGCAUAUGGGACGCUCAGCAGUGGAAGUAGUUCCACAGCGUCUGUCUCUUAUGGGAGAGGCCACAGUCCAUGAGUCUGGGACAUCAGCAGUCCCAGCCUGGCCCCAAAACCUGGGGUGCUCCCAGAGAGCCUGGAAAUGCUGGUUCUGAUGUCAGCGGCAUGUGGGAAGGCCGAGAGCAGGGUGAAUGAUCUUCCUGCCACCAUGCCCUUUUUAUCUGAGCUGCUUCUAGAAGUGCUGCCCACUCUUGGGUGGGUCUUUCCACAUCCAUUAUAGGCAACCAAGCAAUGCUCCAGGUGUGGCUCCCUAUAGGUGAUUUUGAUUUAUGGCGAACUGACAUUUAAACCAACCACCAUACUCCCCAACCUACCUGUGCCCUGUUUUCAGAAAGGGACUGCCCAGGAGUUUGGUAUGAGGUGGUCGAAGUGGGAGGAGGCAAGCCACUGCUCUAGGACUAAUCUCACCCUUCAGCAGAAGCAAACCCCCCACCAAACACACACACAGCAGGCAGGUGUGGCCAAGCCCCCGCCCUGCAACUCUCCUGGCAGAAACACAGAUAGAAAUUUUCUUUUAAAAGAACUUUAUUUAAAUCUUUUAGUCAUAGGGGGCUGGAGAGAUGGCUCAGUGGUUAAGAGCAUUGCCUGCUCUUCCAGAGGUCCUGAGUUCAAUUCCC